GUGUUCAACACGCCUUAUGUUUUAUUAUAUGGUCAGGUCACAUUUCAGUUUUAACAAUCGCUUUAAGAGCUCAACAUGAAUCACGCAGUAGUGGUGCUGGUGGGAGGGGUUGUGAGUGUGACGUAUACCAGAGAACAUGAAAAGAGAGCACAGACACACAUGCACAGAGAGGGCUAGAGAACCAGAACAAAACCACUCCUACAGAACGUAGAGAGCACGUUUCUGUGAGUGAGAAUGAAGAGUCUCCUCAUCUUUACCCACUUCUGGAUCCUCAGCUUCUCACCAUUUGGUCAACUUCACUGUCAAACUGUCAAGCCAGAGAGUACAUAUAUGGUAUAAUGCAGUUUCAGUAAUGCAUAGAGGAGAGGACUGACCACAGACAGGAGGAAGUGUUUAAGAUAAAACAACAGAGGGACUACAAAGAAGAGGAAGUGGUGUUACGGGGGAAAAGGAGUGGAAGGGGGAGAGAGAGUUCAACCUUUCAGACUUUUAGAACUACUGAAAAAAGUCUUCAGUCCUUUCGGAGCACAAACUGAUGACCAGAAUAAAUCCAGUGACUAAAGGAUGAAGCUCCUCCUCAUCUUCAGUUUCUGGCUCUUCUCAGGUCAGAAGUUCAACUCUCCUCAAAGGCUUUUAGAGUCGUGUACACUGUGCAGAUGUGAUUGGCUACACAGGAGGAAGUGUCAUCAUCAACUGGCAUUAUGAUAUCCUUAAGUACAUGAAUCACACAAAACAGUUUUGCAAGAUAAAACAAGGCAAAUGCACAGAUAAAAUCAUUCCCCAGAUGGUGAACAUGUGGGCUGAUGAAAUAAAAUUCAUAGUUGUGGAUGAUACUAAGAUUGGAAUUUGCUGGGUGGUAAUUAGGAACAUAAGUAAGCAGGAUGCUGGAACCUACAGGUGUGGAGUAGAAGGAGCCUCGAGUUCAGAUGUGACACUCAGUGUGAAAGAAGAUCCUUGCUGUGGACAGUUACUCAUACAAACAGCUCACCAAGGACAGAACAUUACGCUGAACUGUACACAUCCAGAGGAGUAUAAAAGUGAUAUCAAGUAUGUGCUCAGAGUGGAUAAUCACAGCAUCCGUGCAGUCAUUCCUGCUGUCCGACAACCAGAAGGGAAACAGAAGUUUUCCCUUUUGGAACACACACAAGCAAACAUGUUUAGUGUGGGAAUCAGUGAUGUGACAGUGGAGGAUGGAGGACUUUACCUGUGUGGCGCUCAGAGACAAAGGGAAUCUGUGACCCUAUACUUUCCUGUCUUCAGUGAAAUACAGCUCCACGUCACAUCUGUGUAUCUCCCAGGUCUACAUCACUCUGUCUUGUCGCUGUCCCUCAUUACUGUGUGUGUUGGCGUGGCUCUGCUGCUGACUGGAGCAUUAGCACUCGUGCCCUAUAAACUGAGAUGCAAGAGGACACAAGGCUCAACUGCUAGUUGCCAAACAAGAAAAAACAUCACAAUUGAUGGUGAUUAUGAAAAUGAUCCAAGUGGAUGCCAGAACAUCAGCAUGGGUUCAAUCUGCCAGAGUCUAAACCCCAAAAGCACACUAGCAGAUUCACCCUACCAGAGCCUAAACCCCAACACCACCCUAGCAGAUUCAAUCUACCAGAGCCUAAACCCCAACACAACCCUAGCAGAUUCAGUCUACCAGUGACUAAACUCCAUCACCAACCAAUCAGAUUAAUUCUACUAGUGCCUAAAACUCUAUCCCAACUCAUCAAAUUCUACCAGAGCCUAAACCCCAGCACCAACCAAUCAAAUUCUGAAAAUCAUAUCUCAGAUGUGUAUGUGUAUUCUGAUGGCCCAAUAUUCAACAUUAGUCAGAAUAAUACUGGACAGGUAACAGGACUAACAGGACUAACUUUUGUUAGAAAGACACUAACAAAGAGUGAGAUUAUAUAUACAGAGGCAAAAGACAUAGUUUAAUAACAGUAAAGAUGUUACAGAACAAGAACUAGGAUCCUAGUGGCAUCAAGAUGUAUAACAGCAGUAGCCAUAAAAUGGCACUUAAACCCCGAACAAUCCAGGUCUAUUACCUCUGUCAUGACCAUCUGACUUUCUUCUGCCUUUAGCUGAACCAAAAGUUUCAGUGCAGAUCUCAAAGACUAAAGAUACUUCCAAGUGAGUUUAAUUUCAGGAACAAUCAAUAUUUAUAAUAAAUCUAUGUUUUUUUUUAAAUCAUGGGUCCACAGUGCCACAUAUUUUUCUUUCAGAAAGUUCUACAAAGUAAAAUCAUAGGUUUAACAUUGUGUUUACUGUGACUCCAAAUUUCAUAGUGAGCUCAAGUAAGGUGUGGGCAGUUUAAACUGACCUUUUAAUUGCAAUGUUUUAAUUCCUUUUAUUUUGGGAAUUUGUCCACAUCUUUCUUCUUUCUGUUAUGUUUAUUCCCAUUUUCUAAUCAUCUUUAUUGCAGUCAAAAUAGUUAAGUACUAAUUGUGUUUACUGGUAUUUAUCAAUUUUAGUAGUCUAGCUUUCAAGUUAAAGUAGGAAAGGAAUUAAAGUGACUGGACCAUGAGGUAUGAAACUCCAAGAAAUGUCAGAUUAUUUUAAUGAUAGUUAUCAUUGUAUACAUUUUGAGAAACUGAUGGUUAAGGGCCUUGCUUUGCGGCCUAACAGAAGGAAUUUGGAAGCUGUGGGGCUUGAACUAGCAACCUUCCAACAACUAACCACUUACCUUAACCACUGAGCUGUUGAUUAUGCAUUGCAUGCACGCUCUUGUAAACACAGAAGGGUGCUAUCAAGCAGCUGGGCCUAACCUGGCUGAACACAUGCAAGCAUAAGGCCCACAUUUCUUCAUAUGUUCAUUAGUAUGAAUAAUCGUAUGAAUUAACCAGUAAGAUUAUUGUAAUUGUAAUGCAUCAGAACUGGAUUAGAUAUAUUGUUUCUGUUCCAUUUAUCCUAAUCAAUACUAGUUAGUUGCCCAAUGCUCUAAUAAUUUUUUUUUCUUUUUUAAAGACUUAGUUCACCAUGAAUCUUGUUUGGUUAAUUUUGUUUAGUUAAGUUUUUUUUUUUUUUUUUUGCUAUAGGUCUAUUUUAGUGAAUUCAGUACUUUUGGUCAUUAUUGACAUAUUCCUCAAUUUUCUUUGUGCAUUCUCAACUCUGUUAUUGCUGUUAUUUCAAUAAACAUCCUGUUAGUUGUAAA